GUCCUUACGCGUCGUACGUUCUUUCGGCGAUACUUUCAUCCCUCGCAUUCCCUCGCAUCUCGUCGUCAGCCCCUGAAGCGAUGACUACCAGCGAACAGUCGACGGCGACGGUUCCGGACCUGAACUCACCGCCGUUCUCGCGACUGUUCGUGCUUUGCGGCAAGCAGAUCACGGUCAGUGCCCUCGAGCAGUUCUUCAGCCCCUACGGUACGGUAGAGCAGUGUCACAUCGUGCACGACCAGCUGACCGGCCAAUCGAAGGGGAUCGGGUUCGUAAAGUUCCAGAAAACUUCGCAAGCGGCCCGGGCACUCAAGGAAGCCGACGGGAAGUACAUCGAUCCGGAACCGAAACCGAUCAAGGUGGAGAUCGCCUCCAGUACGGUCGAGUCGAAACCGCUGGACUGUCUGCGGUUGAAGGUGAAAUGUCCGGCCGAGCUGGACAGCGAGGGGGUGAAGGCCGAGUUUAGUAAGAUUUCGGCCGUCAACAGUGUCCAGCUGGUGCCGGAUAAGAAGGCACCGGGGAACAAUGUGGCGUAUCUGACGUUCGAGUCGUUUCUGGAUGCGGCCCUCGCGUACGAGACGGCCAAACCGGACCAUAAGGCGAAGUUUGCAAAGAUUAAACCACGGAAGGUGAGCCUGGAGACGCCACAGCCACAGGAUGCGAAGAGUUUCUUUCGGCCCUUUACCAGGCGUCGCUCGUCCACCAUGAUACCGGCCACGAAGCUGACCGUGCUGUGUAGUUCGACGCUAACGCAGAACCAAAUCUGGCGCCUGUUCGAUAUCAUUCCGGGGCUGAUGAACUGCUCGGUGUCGCAUGAUGGUGGAUCGGUAGGGAUUGCCACCGUUACGUACAAUAAUGCGCAGUCGGCCAAGUACGCUCGGGAGAAGCUGCACAAGUUUGAGUAUCCGAUGGGGGAGAAGAUUAUCGUGAAGGAUGCGAUCGAUGAUGUGAAGUGA